GCUGUGAAUAAGCUAAGGAUGGUAAUGCAGUUCCAGGGGUUAGAAAAUCCAAUUCAGAUUAGUCCUUACCACAGCCACUCACCAUCAGGAUUUGUCCCAGAAAUGAUGAGCGUGAAGCCUGCUAAAGGUGUGCUCACAGAACAAGCAGCAGGUCCCCUGGGGCAGAACCUAGAUGUCGAACCAUAUUCACAGUACAGCCAUGCUCAGUUUCCGCAAGUCCAACCCCAGCUUUCCUCAUCGUCCUGUUAUUCCAACCUGGGAUUCUAUCCCCAGCAGCCUGAAGAGUGGUACUCUCCUGGAAUAUAUGAACUCAGGCGAGUGCCCGCCGAGACAUUCUACCAGGGAGAAGCUGAGGUAUCCGAGAUGCCAGUGACCAAGAAGCCCCGAACGGGUGCCCCUGCAGGGAGGAUAAAAGGGGACGAGCUGUGUGUUGUCUGUGGAGACAGGGCAUCUGGAUACCAUUACAAUGCGCUGACCUGUGAAGGGUGCAAAGGUUUCUUCCGGAGAAGCAUUACCAAAAAUGCAGUGUACAAGUGUAAGAAUGGGGGCAAUUGUGUGAUGGACAUGUACAUGCGGCGGAAGUGCCAAGAGUGCCGACUAAGAAAGUGCAAAGAGAUGGGAAUGUUGGCUGAAUGUAUGUAUACAGGUCUGUUAACUGAAAUUCAGUGCAAAUCUAAACGACUGAGAAAAAAUGUGAAGCAACACACAGAUCAGAUUAUGAACGAGGACAGCGAAGGGCGAGAUUCGCGACAAGUGACCUCUACAACGAAGUCAUGCAGGGAGAAAACUGAACUCACCCCAGAUCAACAGAAUCUCCUACAUUAUAUUAUGGAUUCAUAUAGCAAACAGAGGAUGCCUCAGGAAAUAACAAAUAAAAUUUUAAAAGAAGAAUUCAGUGCAGAAGAAAAUUUUCUCAUUUUAACAGAAAUGGCUACCAGUCAUGUACAGAUUCUUGUAGAAUUCACAAAAAAGCUGCCAGGAUUUCAGACUUUGGACCAUGAGGACCAGAUUGCCUUGCUGAAGGGCUCUGCAGUCGAAGCCAUGUUUCUCCGUUCAGCUGAGAUUUUCAAUAAAAAGCUCCCAGCUGGACAUGCAGACCUAUUGGAAGAAAGAAUUCGAAAGAGUGGCAUCUCUGAUGAAUAUAUCACGCCAAUGUUCAGUUUUUAUAAAAGUGUUGGGGAAUUGAAAAUGACUCAGGAAGAGUACGCUCUGCUGACAGCAAUAGUUAUCCUUUCUCCAGACAGGCAGUACAUCAAGGACAGAGAGGCUGUGGAGAAGCUUCAAGAACCUCUGCUUGACGUGCUACAAAAGUUGUGCAAGAUUUACCAGCCCGAAAAUCCUCAGCAUUUUGCCUGUCUCCUGGGUCGCUUGACAGAACUGCGGACAUUCAAUCAUCACCACGCUGAGAUGCUCAUGUCAUGGAGAGUAAAUGACCACAAGUUCACCCCACUCCUCUGCGAGAUCUGGGAUGUUCAGUGAUGAGCAUUGCGGGUGGGGGGCAUCUAUUUUCUUCUUUUCCUUGUGACAUGAAUCUGAAGUGUGACUUUAUUUCAUUUGUACCUGGUUUCGCUUAAGAAUCUUCAUGAAUAUUUAUGUAGGUAUUAUAAAACUUCCACAAUUGUAAAUACAGGUUAGAUAGAAUUGCUUUCUCUAUAUUAUAUUUUACAAGGCUCCAGAGAACCCUACAUUUUAACUGACACGCCCUAUUUGCCUAAUAAAUCAACUGUUACUUCAA